AUGAAAGCUGCAAAAAGGGUGGCAGUUAUUGGGGCUGGCCCGGCCGGCGCCAUCACAAUCGACGCGCUCGCUCAGGAAAAGGCAUUUGACGUCAUCAGAGUAUUCGAGCGCCGAGAGGCGCCGGGAGGGUGCUGGCUUGGUGAUGAGAAACCGCCGCCAAUCCUGAAACCCGAUGAACUUGAUCGCCUCGCCUCUCGCACUGCGGAUGAACCUCACCCCUUAAUCCCAUCCACAUUACCUGCCCAGGUAGCCCGGUCUCCUCAUCCACGCUACGAUGAAUCGACGGUAUACCCAUACCUCGAGACCAACGUCGACUUUCUACCGAUGCAGUUCUCACAAGAGCCUUUCCCAAAGGAGCAGUCGGAAUGGUCCGUCUCGGUACACGGGGCCGACACCCCGUUCCGACACUGGUCGCUCGUGCAGGACUACGUGCGCUCCCUUGUCGAAAGACGAGGAUAUCAGGACUUGGUGGAGUACAACACCACGGUGGAAAACGCCGAGAAGGACGACGAGCGCGGGGAGUGGACUUUGACGUUGCGCAGGCAGGGUGAGAGGACCGACUACUGGUGGCAGGAGACGUUCGACGCCGUGAUCGUCGCGUCAGGCCAUUAUAGCGUGCCGUACAUCCCCCUCAUUGAUGGGUUAUCCGAGUUUGCGGAGAAGAACCCGGGAAGCGUGAUACAUAGCAAGCACUUCCGCGGUCGAGACGCGUACGAGGGCAAGAGAGUCGUGGUGGUGGGCGCAUCGGUUUCCGCCGCCGACAUCGCCUUCGACCUGACCUCAGUCGCCCAGGCGCCGGUCCACGCCGUCACCGUCGGGCAUAACUUCAACGGCUACUUUGGCGGGGAAGCCUUCAACCACCCCCUAAUCUCCAAGGUCCCGUCCAUCUCGCGCAUCGAGCCGCAGAGCCGCACCGUGCACUUCGUGGACGGCACGUCCGUCUCAGACGUCGACAACAUCAUCUUCGGAACAGGCUACACCUGGACCCUUCCGUUCCUUAAGCCGAGUCCUUCAUCGCCCGCGCGACGGCUUCCUGCACCGAGGAACAACCGCGUCCCGGAUUUGUACCUCCACGUGGUCUACCGGGAGGACCCCACGCUACUCUUCGUGGGCGCGGUGAACGCGGGCCUGACGUUUAAGAUCUUUGAGUGGCAGGCCGUGCUCGCGGCCAGGUUACUUGCCGGACGCGUCGAGUUGCCCCCGGUGGAGGAGCAGAAGCGGUGGGAAGACGAUCGUGUGGCGAAACGGGGUGACGGUCCCAAGUUUGCUCUUGUCUUUCCUGACUUUGAGGAGUAUUUUGAAACCGUGAGAAAGCUCGCGGGCCCGGCGGACGGGAGGGGUAGAGAGCUGCCGCCUUUCAACAAGUACUGGUUCGAGAGGUUCAUGGCCGGGCAUGAACGUCGAAAAGAUAUGUGGAAGCGGCUUAAUGCUGAAGCGAGGGAGGCUUUGAGUGGGAAGUCAGCCGGAGAGGCUAUUCGGGCAAGACUGUAG